AGUCCGGUCACUUGAUGCCGGGUGCCGCCAACUCUGCAGCUCAGAUCGGCGGUGCCCUUGGGGAGAAGGGAGGGGUUGGACAGGUUUCCCUGGGGCUACAUCAAAGAAGAGCUUGGAUUUCUCAGACGAUGAGGCUCCCGGACCUUAGGGUGUGCCCUCGUCUGGAGAAGAGGGGAGCCCCUGGGUGGGCUGCGGAGUUACCCCGCCCCAGGACACGGGGGUCUGCCCGGCUAGCGGGACUGGGACUGCUGCUCGCCCUUCUGAGCGCGCUCGGCUGCUGCGCCCAGGCCCCAGGUUUGAGCAUGGCAGAAGGGGAUACCUUGGUCUCAGUGGAUUACGAAAUUUUUGGGAAGGUUCAAGGGGUGUUUUUCCGCAAGUACACUCAGGCUGAAGGUAAAAAGCUAGGCUUGGUAGGCUGGGUCCAGAACACUGACCGGGGCACAGUGCAAGGCCAGCUGCAAGGCCCCAUCUCCAAGGUGCGGAACAUGCAAGAGUGGCUGAGGACAAGAGGGAGCCCUAAAUCACACAUCGACAGAGCAAAAUUCAACAACGAGAAAGCCAUUGUAAACUUGGAUUUUUCAGACUUCCAAAUUGUAAAGUAAUGACCUGAAUUUUAAUUUUUUCAAAAUAAUCUCACUUUUUUUUUUAAAUCAAGAUAGAACUAUUCUGUGCUCAUUAUUAGAAUUUGUCAGUAAGUUAUUUUCGUUGCCUAUUGAAAGUUACUGUGUAUUGCAUGUAUGCUGGAAUACAAUUGUGUACAGUUCUAACCAAUAAAAACACAUUAGAACCUCA